CUCAGAACCCGACUCUACCGGACUCGAAGACAAGACUAGCUUAGCCACCUCACUUCUUUGCUAGUUCACUCGCUUCUGCUCAUGGAAGCUUCAACGGCUCCCUCCUCUUCUCAGCCUCCCCAGUUUCGACCAAACAUUGAUGCCAUCAAGCGGAGGCUCCUCAAGAAAGGCGUAUAUCCAACUCCCAAAAUCAUCCGCUCUCUAAGCAAGAAAGAAAUUCAAAAACACAACCGCAAACUGGCAAACUUGGCGCAAACCCAUCAGUCCCCACCCCUCACCACCUCCCAAAAGCUAGCCCUGGCCGAAGAAUACCAUUUCCAAACCUUGAAACGUGAAUACAGAUGCUUCACUAAGGCAAUACAAACAGAGACUCGGUCUGGGAGUAGCGGUUUGCUGGUGGGGAGGCCAUGGGAGAGUAUAGAGAGAGCGAAAUUGAGAGAGGUUGCGAGUGGAAGCAAGGAAUUCAAUGGACCAAAGUUAAAGACUGAGAAUCUGAGAGAGUUGAAGGAAAAUUUGGAGGAUGGUUUGACAUGGGUUUUGGAUAAUGAUAUUGAACUGGAAGAUGAUGGUUGGCUAAGGAGCGAAAAUCAACGGCAAUUUGAUCCGGUCAAGAGGAGACGCAGUGAUAAGGACGCAAUUCGGUUUCUUGUUAAUAGAUUAAGUAGCAGAGAGGUGACUGUGAGAGACUGGAAGUUAGCGAGAAUAAUGAAGCAGUCUGGGUUGCGGUUUAGUGAAGGGCAGCUACUGAAGAUUGUGGAGGAGCUUGGAGACAAGGGAAAAUGGGAACAGGCUAUGGUUGUGGUGGAAUGGGUCUACAAUGAUAAGGAUCGUAGAGAUUGUAAGAGCAGGUUUGUUUACACAAAACUCUUGUCAGUGCUUAGGAAGGCAAGAAGGCCCCAAGAAGCUCUCCGCAUUUUUAAUUUAAUGCGUGAAGACUACAACAUAUAUCCUGACAUGGCCGCAUAUCAUGUCAUUGCUGUUACACUUGGUCAAGCUGGCAUUCUCAAAGAGCUGGUUAAAAUUAUUGAAUGUCUGAGGCAGAAACCUUCUAAAAGAAUUAAGCAUGUGCACACCAAAAACUGGGAUCCAGUCCUUGAACCUGAUUUAGUUAUUUAUAAUGCUGUACUGAAUGCCUGUAUUCCAUCCCAGCAGUGGAAGGGGGUAUCAUGGGUGUUUGAGCAGUUGAGGAAGAGUGGCAUUAAGCCCAAUGGAGCUACAUAUGGAUUGGCAAUGGAGGUAAUGCUGCAUUCUGGCAAGUACAACCUUGUCCAUGAGUUAUUUAGGAAAAUGAACAGAAGUGGAGAAGCUCCAAAAGCACUUACAUAUAAAGUUCUUGUCAGAGCUUUUUGGGAAGAAGGUAAAGUCAAUGAAGCUGUGGAAGCAGUAAGAGAUAUGGAACAAAGAGGAGUGGUUGGAACAGCCAGCGUAUAUUAUGAAUUAUCUUGUUGCCUUUGCUACAAUGGGAGGUGGCAAGAUGCUAUUCCAGAGGUUGAGAAGAUGAAAAAACUUCAUCGUAGGAAGCCUUUGGAGGUUACUUUCACUGGCAUGAUAACGUCUUCCCUGGAUGGUGGACAUGUCAAGGAUUGCAUUUCUAUCUUUGAAUACAUGAAAUCACAUUGUGUCCCUAACAUAGGAACCAUAAAUAUUAUGCUGAAAGUCUAUGGCCGGAAUGAUUUGUUCUCUGAAGCUAAGGAGUUAUUUGAGAAAAUUAACAGACCCAAUGAUGGUGAUACUUCCCCUGUACCUGAUGAGUUCACAUAUAGCUCAAUGCUCGAGGCAUCUGCUAGUGCACUUCAAUGGGAAUACUUUGAACUUGUGUACAAGGAGAUGGUCUUUUCUGGGCAUCAACUAGAUCAAUCUAAGUAUGCAUCACUGCUUGUGAAAGCUUCUAGAGCUGGAAAGGGUCAUAUUCUGGAGCAUGCAUUUGAUUCAGCUUUGGAAGCUGGAAACAUUCCUCAUCCUUCCCUAUUCACUGAAAUGGUAUUUGAAGCCACAGCUCAACAGAAUUAUGAGAGAGCUCUCAUCCUGAUAAACAGCAUAGCUCAUGCCCCAUUUCAAAUCACUCAAAGGCAGUGGACAGAUCUUUUCCAAAAGGAUAGGGAGAAAAUUACUAGGGAUAUUUUAGAGAAGCUGCUUGAUGUACUUGGUAAUUCUGACGUGUCAUCAGAGCCCACAGUAGCGAACUUGUCAAGAUCACUGUGUUCUCUAUGUGAACGUGGCAAAUCAGCAUACUUACUAAGCUCCAUUGCUUCAGGCAUUGAAGACACUGAUGGUUUAGAUUUGGAUACUGACAGUAACGAAAUGCUCGACAGGAGAACAGAGAACCCCAUUUCUUGUGCAACUAUAGUAAAUGGAACUCCAGAGAUGAAAGAGGAUCAGAUUGUUAAUAAAACCGAUGAUGCAGAUGAUGAGUUCGGUGUUGUUAAUCAUUGUAGUACUUGCAGAGAGGGUGGUGAGGAUGGAUAUGGAAUAGUCAACUCUGCCAAUCUGGAGGCUUUUGUUAAUGAAGUGGCAUGUGAUUCAUACUCGGAUUUAGAUGGACCCUUCCAAGAAUUUGAUCAUACAGAAUAUGAAUUACCCAUCAAUCAGGUUGAUGAUUGUGAUGCAUCUAAAUUGCCAUCAGCAAAUGAAAUACUGGAUGCCUGGAAGGAAAGCAGGAAAGGUGGGAUAUUCAUCCCAUUUCAACAUGGGCAUAAAAACGACGCAAUUUCUGUGCCAAAAAAUGGAAGAUAAACUAAGCUCUGGCAUACUGAACUGCUGAAACUGAUAGCCUCUAAUCUGUUGUUGGUGAUUGUAUAGUGCAAAAUAGUAUCAAAGAGAUGUACAUGGUGCUUCCAUUGAAUAUCAAAUAUACUGUGCCAUAGAGUCA